AUGAAGGGGGACUCGGAACACACAUUAAAUCUGUUGGAUACUCAUUAUCCGAGUUUAGUGGAUUUAACCGUCCAGCUGAGGAUGUUCCUCACGGAUAAACUAUAUCAUGAGCUGACCGGAGCUUUAAUAACACUGAUGUCAAAUUCUUCCGUCUCGUGUGACCAUAAAUUGCAAGUUUUUGAGACUGUUGUUCACCCACUCAAGGACUCAUUCAAUGUUCUUAGAUUCUGCCAGUUGUUGAAGUUAUCUUCGGACGCCUUAGAUCCGUUAUCUGCCCUGGAACACUUGAGUAAAUAUGACAAGUUCAUGGAGAAGGAUACCGAGGCAUUUAUAAUGCUACAAAUCGCAAAAUCGUACCACUUCGUCAAAAGUAAUUACCUCAAAGAGUGUGACACACUCCUCGAUACAGUUAAAGAUACGCUGAAUUGUACAAUGAAUUUGGAUUUAUCGGUUCACAGCUCAUUCUACCACGCUUCGGCAUAUAUGCACAGGUCUGCUAAAAAGUACUCGCAAUGCUACAAGGACUGUAUUAUGUACCUAUCGUACACCUCAAUGAAUGACCUGUCGGAGUUGGAGAGGAAGAAUACGGCAGUAUUGAUCACAGUUGCAGCAAUUUUGGCGCCGGAUAGUUUCGGAUUUGGAGAACUGAUACACAGACCGAUAGUUGAACUGUACUUGAAGGGGAGUGAGUACAAUUGGCUAUACGAGUUCCUACUAAUCUUCAACGAGGGGAACUUGCAGCUGUUUGAAGAGGCACUAGAGCGCCAUAAGGGGCAGAUCGCGCAUUCUGAAUUAAACGGGUCUGAGAGGGAUUUGAGACACAAAUUGACCCUAAUUGCGCUCCUGAACCUGGCCUUCAGGAAGCCCAAUAAACAGAGGUGCCUGACGUUCCAGGAAAUCGUCGACCACUGCAAGAUACAGCUGAACGACGUUGAGCCUUUUGUACUAAAGGCGCUGGAAAACAAGUUGAUCAAGGGCCAGAUUGACCAAACGCAGCAGUUACUACACGUCACGUGGGUACAGCCGAGGAUACUGGACACGAACAAGUUGGAGCUUGUGCGUCAAAAAUUAAAGGGUUGGAUAACCUCGACAAAUGAACUCGUGAACGGCCUCGAGCAGAUGGCCGCAAGCACCGCAACUUAA